AUGACUCUGUCUGCUCAUGUUAUUCUAUUAUUAAUCUUAUUUCUAACAUUUUUUGCUAUUCAAACACAUAGAUUUUUAUUCGAACGAAUGUGUGUAGGCGCUCAUCAAGAAUAUCAAAUGUGUGGUUCACCUUGUCCUCUUACAUGUUCUAAUGUGAGACAUGUAAGAUAUUUCAAACCAUGUACAUAUCAAUGUGUCCAAGGUUGCUUUUGUAAACGUGAUUAUACUCGAAGAUCUCAUCCAAGAAGCCAUUGUAUUCCUGAUUGA